AUGACCUCCUCACGGCUGGCCGACCUGUUCGAAGAAUUCUGCCGUCCUCCUUCGUCGACGAGCUUCCCACUCUUGGGCGCCACGACCAAUACCCACCAAACCGUCGCACACCACCAGCAACAACAGCCAAACGGCGGCGACGGCGGCGGCAUGGCCCAGCUUCCCGGCCAUUUCAUGCCGUUCGAGGAGAUCACGCUCCCGCCACACUUGAUGCCACUGAACCCGGAGGAUGAGGACGACGUGGUGCCGGACAUGCACGCCGCGUUCGGGAUCAAUCGCGCCCUGGGCCAGGGCCAGGCCGGCGGCCCAGGCGCGGUUGGCGGUGUAGGUGGGAGCGGUGGCGCCACAGGAUCUGCCGAGCCCGGUGGUGAAGCGAGCAAUGCUGGCGUGCAGAGGGAACCUGUCUGGAGAGACUUCGGGCUCGGUCCGCUCGUGGCCGAUGUGAGACCAAAUGGGAUUGGGGAGAGGCCUGGGCCCAGGAGAGAGGGUCGACGUACCGGAGUUUUGUUGUUACGAUGA